GAAAGUGAGAUGGACAGGCAUCAAAAUAUCUCAUUGGAGAUGCUUCUGAAGCUGGUCAGAGUAUUUGGGUCAGUAAUAUAUUCUUCUAUAUCAGCACCUUCAUCCGUAGGAGUGGAUAUUGAGGCAGAGCAAAGGUUGGAACGCUGCAAUACAUGCUUUGUUGAGCUUGAAAAGGUUAAGCGUUGCUUGCCUGUACUUUGCAGAAGAGGUGGUUCAAUUGCCAAGUCGGCACACGAGUUAAAUCUAGCACUUCAAGAAGUUUAG